CCGAAAUGUCAAAUGUCAAAAAUCAUGAGCCCGUGUUGUGCUUUUUGUAAAAACAAUGUUAUUUUAUGAUUUUUAAACGAUCUUAUAAAUAAUUUCUAAUUCAUUCUAACUUUUAAAGACAAGACAAUUACUGGAAAAGUGUAAAUGAAAGUCGUACGAUGUGAAUCUCGUGUUUUCCCACGUGUGCUUUUACACGUAUUGUUUGGCGAAAUAAUUCCGUUAUUAGAUUGUUUAGUAAAAUUUUAAUGAAAUUUAUUAGUUGAUAGUUUUAUAAGUAGUUAGAAUUUCUAUAAGAGGCUAUACAAUGCUCGUAACAGAACCAAAUAGGAAUAGGCAAGCAAAUAGAUGUUCGAUUAUAAAGAUAAUGGAACAAAGGAAACACCCAUAUUUUUAUCAAAAACCGAAAGAAAAAUAUGAAAAAUCUCUUUCUAUUGUACAUAAAAUGAAAGAUACGGUGAAGUUAAAAUCGAAAGAAAGUACAGUAAAAUUACGAGAUGAUGUAGUUGAGGAAAUAAUAAAACGUCCCAAAAUAGCUAUAACUACUUCGAAACUCCCAAGUGAAAGACUGCUUUUAUUUAUUAAGGAACUUAGGUUAAUUUUUCCAAAUAGUUAUUGUCUGACUCGGGAUGGAAACAUGAUGUCUGAAAUGAUGAGAAAAUGUAAAGUGGAUGGAUUCACAGACCUCAUUGUGGUACAUGAAUAUAUGGAGGUUCCUGAUAGUUUGGUUAUAUGCCAUUUGCCGUAUGGACUGACAACAUCAUUCACAUUAUCAGGAGUCAUAAUGCACAGCGACAUGCCCGUCGUGGCACAAAUGAGUGACCAGACCCCUCAUAUUGUGUUCAACAACUUCAGAUCAUUUCUAAGUAUGAAAAUAAUGAGCAUAUUACAAUAUUUACUGCCUGAUACAAAUAUGGACUCUCAAAGAGUUAUUACGUUUACACACGAGGACGGCUACAUCAGUUUCAGACAGCAUACUCACAAACAGGACGGUGACCACGUAAAACGUAGAGAGUCCGGUCCACGUUUUCAAUUGAAACUCAUAGAAAUGAAAUUCGAAACCCCAGAAGCCUUGGAUGCUGCAGAUGAGGACUGGAUACUUCGCCCUUAUUUAAAUACAAACCAACAUUUGCGAAGGCUUGGAUAAAUAAAGACUUAUUAUAGACUGA